AAUAUAUAAUUAUCACCCAAAAGAUUCCAAUCUUCUCCUCCUAGAGACCUUCCUCUCAGUGUAGGUAACUUGCUCUUUCAUCAACUCCUCUCUCUACUCUGCUUUGAACGGUAGUCAAGUACCACGAUAGUUGCCUGCAGUAGCUAAAAAGAUUCUCCUUGAAGAUGGGGAACACGUAUUUUAUGUUAACCUUUUGUUUGUGGGCUUUGACAUGCUCACUUCUUCCUUCUUUCUCGUGUGGACUUAUGAGAAUUGGUUUGAAGAAGAGAGAUGUAGAUCUUGAUAGUAUCAGAACAGCUAGAAUGCUACGAGGAAAACUAAGAUUAGGCAGACCUGUGUUGGGUGCAUAUGAUCAGUAUGUUGGCAAACCAACCGAUGAGGGCAUAGUACCUUUGAAGAAUUAUUUGGAUGCACAAUAUUAUGGAGAGAUUGGAAUUGGCACACCUCCGCAGAAAUUUAAUGUCAUAUUUGAUACUGGUAGUUCCAACCUAUGGGUUCCAUCAUCAAAGUGCUAUUUUUCUCUUGCCUGCUAUACCCAUAAAUGGUACAAGCCAAAGAAGUCCAAAACGUAUAUAAAAAAUGGAACAUCAUGUAAAAUAGCCUACGGAUCUGGAUCAAUAUCUGGUUUUUUCAGUACAGAUAAUGUUAAAGUUGGUGAUAUUGUUGUCAAGAAACAGGAUUUCAUUGAGGCAACUCGAGAAGGAAGUCUUUCCUUUCUGUUAGCGAAGUUUGAUGGAUUACUUGGGCUUGGGUUUCAGGAGAUCUCUGUUGGAAGUGCUGUGCCAGUAUGGUACAAUAUAGUGCAGCAAAAUCUUGUAAGUGAGCAGGUGUUCUCUUUUUGGCUCAAUGGCGAUCCAAAUUCAAAAGAGGGUGGAGAACUAGUUUUUGGAGGUGUUGAUCCAAAACACUUCAAGGGAAAUCACACUUAUGUCCCAGUCACCACAAAAGGCUACUGGCAGAUUGAAAUGGGAGAUUUUUUAAUCGGAGGUCUCUCAACAGGUGUCUGUGAGGGUGGCUGUGCUGCUAUUGUGGAUUCAGGAACAUCUUUGCUUGNUGGUCCAACUGCUGUUGUAACUGAAAUCAAUCAUGCAAUUGGAGCCGAAGGAGUUCUAAGCGUAGAAUGUAAGGAAGUUGUUUCUGAAUAUGGAGAAAUUUUAUGGGAUCUCUUGAUAUCAGGAGUACGACCUGAUGAUGUGUGCUCACAGGUUGGUUUAUGUUUUGCCCAAAAAGGUCAAUCAGAGAGUAAUGGAAUUGAGAUGGUGACUGAAAAGGAACAGAGAGAGUUGUCAGCUAAAGAUACUGCUCUGUGUGCUCCCUGUCAGAUGCUUGUGAUUUGGAUUCAGAAUCAACUAAAACAACAGAAGACAAAGGACACAGUUUUCAACUAUGUAAAUCAGCUGUGCGAGAGCUUGCCAAGUCCAAAUGGAGAGUCAGUAGUUAACUGUAAUGGCAUUUCUGGAUUACCAAACAUCACAUUUACUGUUGGAGACAAACCUUUCACCCUCACUCCUGAGCAGUAUAUUCUGAAAACUGGAGAAGGCAUUGCAGAAGUUUGCCUUAGUGGGUUUAUUGCUUUUGACAUUCCUCCUCCACGGGGUCCUCUUUGGAUUCUUGGAGAUGUUUUCAUGAGGGUGUAUCACACUGUCUUUGACUAUGGCAAUCUUCGAGUUGGUUUCGCCAAAGCUGCAUAAAAAGACAUGUAGGAUAUUAUGUUUCAGGACAUCUUUUAAUGAACUUGUUUAUGUGUUGUAAAUAAUCCUCAGUAACUAAUAUGGCACAGGUUCACGUUAUAGAUUUCAUGAAUGUACACACUAGUGAAACUACGCGCUUUCAAGUAUUGUGUAUUUGUACUUGAAGGGAUCAUUUUCAUUAAACACCACGUUGAACACUGGAUUAUAUAUUGUACCCUUAUUUUACUGUGCAAUGAAGAUAGCAAUGGAUUCUGUAGCCAAACAAACAACAUGAAUACAAAACAAGAAUGUUUUUUCAUUUA